AUGCCCGCCUCCGACUUAUCUCCUCAAGCCUCGACUGCUGCAGUACCGUCCUCGUCCUCCCCAUCCUCAUGCGAAUCAUCCUUCCAGUCGGAACACGCCGCGCAGACUCCCACAAGACAAGCCGUCCCCGAGCUGGCGCAAACUCCUGACCUGGCGCCCUCGUCCGCUAAAACAGACGUGUCAAACCCCGAAUCCGAAAAACAUCCUAAGGGCAAAAGGAAAAGGACUGCUGCCAAAGACAAGUCCAUUCUCGAGGCCGCCUACAUCGCGAACCCGAAACCGGACAAGGCGGCGCGUUUGGACAUCGUAAAACGCGUUUCCCUUAACGAAAAGGAGGUUCAAAAUGAUAGACGUAAAUCGCGUCCGCUCUCUGCUCAGGAGAUUGCUGCUCUCCGCUACGGUGGCAUGCAGAUACUCUCGUCUGACCCCGUUGCCUACAGCUCCUCCCUACCCGAAGAGAAGACAUCGCCGGUGGCUGAUGCUGCCGCCACGAAGACGCCUAUGCCGGCAGAGACCCCACUUAAGCUUAUGUCUGCAGCGGUUGAGGAGGCGGAUGAACGACCUCAGCACACAACACCACUCUUCACUGCCGCAAUCAACUGGGUCUUUCUCAUUUUCAAGCUCUAUUGGCUUUUUGACGAAUCGAUGGAACCCCACGAGUUCCUUCUCAACGCCUUCAACGCUGAACCGCAGCGUUGA